CAGACGGGGAGAAGAAGAAGGAACAGCUCCACACAGACACAGGAUUUUACUUGAAGCGCUUGAGGAUUUUCACCAGUGAAGAAGAAGAGCAUCAUGUUACUUCAGGCGCUGUGGGACUUUAUCCUCUCUCGGCACUCCGUCCUCGCCUCGCCCUUCUUCCCCGUGCUCUUCUCGCUCUGCGUCUACCUCUCCUUCUGCCUGCCCUUCGUCCUCCUCGACCUCCUCUCCUCCCGGCUCGCCUUCAUCCGCCGCUACAAGAUCCAGCCGCGCAGCGUGGCGAGCUGGGACACCAUGGGCAGGUGCCUGGCGCUGGCCCUCUACAACCACGCCGUGUACAUCUUCCCCAUCACGCUGCUGCACUGGUACUGCAGACCCGUGACGCUGCCGGCCGAGGCGCCGGCGCUGCUCCGCCUGGCGUGGGACGUCCUGGCCUGCCUGCUCAUGUUCGACUUCCAGUAUUUUAUCUGGCAUCUGCUGCACCACAAGGUGCCCUGGCUGUACCGCACCUUCCACAAGGUGCACCACACCCACACCGCCACCUCCGCCCUCACCACCGAGUACUCCGGCGCCUGGGAGACCCUGUGCCUGGGCUUCUUCGCCGCCAUCAACCCCUUCCUCCUGGGCUGCCACCCGAUGACGGAGAUGGCCUUCUACGUGCUGAACAUCUGGCUGUCGGUGGAGGACCACUGCGGCUACGACCUGCCCUGGGCCACGCACCGCCUGGUGCCCGGCGGCCUGUACGGCGGCGCGCCGCACCACGACCUGCACCACCUCAAGUUCAAGUCCAACUAUGCACCCUACUUCACACACUGGGACAGGCUGGCCGGGACGCUGCAGAGGCACGAAGACUGAACCCACCUGGAGGGUUUGUCACCUGCUCAGGACGUUCUGAGUGGAUCAGGAACUGCCCGAGGACGUUCUGAGUGCAUCAGGAACUGCCCGAGGACGUUCUGAGUGCAUCAGGAACUGCCCGAGGACGUUCUGAGUGGUUUCCUGAUCGUGGCAAGUCAUUUCUGAAGAGACUGUAGCAGCUGGACCCUGCGAGGCUGACUGGAGACCUCGUGAUGAGAGGUUUCCAAACAGAUUCGGUGAAGCGGCCGGGACCUUCCACAGCCACAAAGAAUGAAACCUGAGCAGAUCAGGGCGUUCGGGGUGUCUGGGUGGUUUUUGGCCCGAUGAGUCAGCUGUGGUCUAAAGACAGUUAUCAGAUGCUGUGGCUGAUCAAACUCUUUUGGCAGCUAAACCCCACCCGCUCCGCCUGCUCCACUCAGACAAAACAACCUCUCCUCCGCUUGUUGACAAUGAAGGGACUUGUUGCUGAUGGUGUGAAUGCACAGUGGAACAGAGCAAUCUGUAAUCUGUAAUCUGCACGAGAGUAAUCUGUCAAACCAUCAUAAACAUUAAAUACUGUGUUAUGGCUCUGCUGCACAGAUUAUUAAGCCGAAUAAUCUUUUACAUUAAAAGAGUGAGCUGGCAAAGUGCUGCAAACUCUGUCCAGUGGAUGGAUGUAUAUUUAUGAUAAUCACUGUGUUAUUUAUUCAUAAAUUAUUUAUUUAUUAACUAAUCAGUUUAUUACCAGAGAGUAUUUCAUGUAAGUUGCACUUCCAAUACAUCUAUUUUUUUACUUUUUCUGAGCUGGCGCUGUUUUCCUGGAUGAGGUCAUAUAAAAUGCGACAGUUUCCUCAGUUAUUCUGAGCCGGGCUAGUUGCGGUCUGACUCACACCAGGACUUCCUCUUUUGCAUCACUUUUACUGAAACUGAGCAGAGAAACCUUAUUUUGGGCUGAUUUCACUUCUGUGUUCUUAGUUGCUUUGGAGGAAAAGGAGAAAGUCGAGCCAAUGAGCAGCAGAGAUGCGAAAAAUGUGAAAAAUGUGAGAAAAAACAACAACAAAACAGAGACAGACAUCAGAGUGAAGAGUGAAAGUGUGUGUCGGGUGAUUCAGAAGGCAAGAGUGUGUUGAUUAUGAAAAGAUUUUAGAGUGACCAAACGUUUAAUAAUUUGUCCCUGGACCCUCCAUCAAAAACUUGAGGAAAACAUUUACUGGCAAAUGAGCAAAAUAAUUGCAAUAUUAGCCCCAAAAAAAAAAAAAAGAAAGAAAAAUGUAUUUACACGAUUAAAAUGAUGGAUUUAGAAGUCAGAUUGGGGGAGCUGGACCAAAUUUCUUGUGUUUCAAUGUUUUUUUUUAAUGCAUUUAAAUACCUGGAACAGUAUUUAUUUGUUUUUAUGUAAUCCUGUAUCUAACCUGGUACCCGACCAGCUAUAAUCACCCUGUCAGAUUUUGGACGAGGUGUUUGGAUUUGUUCCGGUCACUUUGAGGACGUGGAACAAGAAAAAUGUGAAAGAAAAAAACAAAGCGAGGCAGAAUGAGGAGUGAAGGUGUGUGUGCAGGUCGGAGGAGUGUGAGGACUGUGACUGUGACCACCUUCACAAUAAAUCCCUGAACAUUUCAGAGGAAGUACACAACUUCUUCUUUGUUUUGUUGUGAAGAUGAAUGUGACUGAAAAGCUGAUUUUUUUUAAAAGAUAAAGUCUGUAAGUGAGAUGUGACGAUGUUAAAAUGUUUUGUGACUGU